AUGACAGAUCAACCGAAACCGUACAAGAUUUCCGUCCCUGAUGAGGAUCUUCAAGACCUUCAGCAACGUCUAGCACUUUCCAAAUUCGCAACUCAGUUGGAGUCCUCCGAGCAAGAUCCUUGGGAUUUUGGAACUCCAGUGAAAGAAGUGCGACGACUCAUACAGUAUUGGAAGAAUGGAUUUGACUGGCGGAAGGCGGAAGCCAAGUUGAAUGAGCUGCCCCAAUAUCAAACGCAGAUCGAAGUAGAUGGAUUUGGCAGUUUGGAUAUCCACUAUAUCCACCAAAUCAACGACAACACGAACGCGAUUCCACUACUGUUUAGUCAUGGAUGGCCAGGAUCGUUCAUUGAAGUCACCAAGCUGCUAUCGAUGCUGAAAGGCGGCGAUGACGGUCCUGCAUUCCACGUUGUGGCUCCGUCGCUGCCCAAUUUCGGUUUCUCUUCGGGCGUGACUCGUCGUGGAUUUAGCCUCGCACAGUAUGCCGAAGUCCUGCACAAGCUUAUGAUCAAACUCGGCUAUGAUCAGUAUGUGACUCAAGGCGGAGAUUGGGGGUUCUGGAUUACUAGAACUAUUGGUCUACUAUACCCUGAGCACUGCCAAGCUUCUCAUAUCAACAUGGCGCUGGCUCAGCCGCCUAAAUUCACCGAUAACCCAUGGGCAGCCCUGCAACACGCAUUGCUGCCGUACAAUGACCGGGAAAAAUCAGGCCUCGAGCGGAGUGAAUGGUUCAAACAAGAAGGGUUUGGUUACAACCAAAUCCAAAGCACUAAGCCGCAGACCAUUGGCGCAGCACUAGAAGAUAGCCCUGUUGCCUUGCUAGCCUGGAUUUACGAGAAGCUACACGAUUGGACAGACUCGUAUCCUUGGACCGACGACGAGAUAUUAACCUGGAUAUCUAUCUACUGGUUUUCUGCAGCCGGACCCGCGGCUAGUGUCCGCAUAUAUUAUGAAACCAUACAUGCCGGAAUGAUCAAGGGGAAGUCCUACAAAGAGUUGGUUGCGUACGUCCCGAGUGUGAAGCUGGCAAUUGCGCACCUCCCUCGUGAAAUUUCCAUCAUUCCUUGCUCUUGGGCUGCUGGCUUGGGUCCGGUUGUUCAACAGAAGGAGCAUGCCCAUGGAGGUCACUUUGCCGCUUGGGAGGUUCCUGAAAUUAUUGUCCAGGACUUGCAGGCCAUGUAUAGCAAGAAUGGUCCUUGCUACGGCGCUGUUUCAGGUAGAGAUGGAUACUAG